UGGGUAGACUCGCUAAAAUUUAUGAGAACAUGACAUUUGGGCAAACAUGAUUCUUAGUGAUCCUUCUGCCUUUAUUUUACUUGGUUCCUUUGAUGUAUAGAAUGUGAGACACCUUCUCACACGAAAGACAACUAGAAAGACCAGACUAUGAUAAUCCAAAAUGGGAUGAUUUCUUGCCAGUCUUGCUUAUUAGCCCCUUGAUCACACUCCUAAAAUACUUGGUUAGGAAAUAUACAGGCCCGGUAUUUAGGUCUAAGCUUGAAAAGAAAUACAAUGGGGAAGCGCUUAAUCUCAAGGUCUAUAAGUCGACAAGAAAUUUCUUCAAGAUAUUUUACUAUUCUUUUAUUACAUUUCUUGGCUUUUAUGUAUUAAGUGAUACAGAAUUUCACUCAUUUAUGAUGUUUGGAAAAGGAAACUUUAUGUACCUGAAGUCGGAUUGGCCUUAUAACAAGUUGCCAAACUUAUAUAAGAUGUAUUACAUGAUUGGAAUGAGCUAUCAUCUAGAAGACACAGUCUCUCAUUUCUUCCAUCCAAUUCAAAACGACUUCUUUGAAAUGCUAUUGCACCAUUACAUUACUAUCAUGCUUGUAAUGGGAUCUCAUAUGAUUUCUACCUGGAACUUUGGUAUUAUUGUGAUGAUUCAGAUGGAUAUCUGAGACAUCUCAGUUUCUUGCAUAAAGGCAUUCAUGGACUUCUGCUCUCCAACAGUUGUGUUCAUCAACUACCUUGUCAUGCUGUUUAGCUGGACAUAUUUUAGAAUCAUUGUGUUUUCUUAUGAGUUGAUAGCUGCUAUAACUAUAAGAUCAGGAUAUUCAUUAAGUACAGGAAAGAAUGCCCUCACCUGUUUUGUAAUCCUUCUCGUAGGACUUUUGGUGCUUAAUAUUUACUGGGAAAUUCUCUUCCUCAGAAUGGGUUACAGAUUCAUUGUCAAGGGAGAAGCGAAGGACAUCCAGAACCCUGUAGAAGAUGUAAAAAAAGAAAGGAAACUUAGAACUUUCUCGAUCAAGACAACCACAUAGUUUUCUAUAAAUU